CCAAACAAAAAAUACAGUUUUUAGCAUUUUAACGCAAGAGCAAGCAGAAUUCCUGCUGUGUUUUUUAACGUAUACAUAUUUUUCCAGAGAUAAAGGCUCUGUUUUCUUCCCGGAAGAUGUGUUCCCCGGUACCGGAGAGGUCUGCCGCUCAGCUGCUGAGCGCGGCGCUGCUGCUGCUCUGGCUCUCCGGUUGUUCAAGCAUGGACGUCCUCAUGCCCCAAAACAUUAACGCACUGAAUGGAACGACAGUGAAAAUCCCCUGCACGUUCACCUCCUGCUAUAAGAUGGAUGUUAGCAAGUUUCUCAUGAACUGGACCUACCAAGAAACACUAAAUGAUACAGAGGACAUGUUCAUGACAUUCAUCAAGAAGAAAGGAAUGGUGUCUCAGCGAUCGUACAUCGGAGACAGGGUCAUGUUUGUGGGGAACCUGGAUAAGAACGACCUGUCAAUCACCCUGUCAGAAGUGCAGAUCGAGGAUGAGGGGCUUUACAACUGCUACGUGAGAAACCCCCCCGACCGCAUCCAGGGACAUGGCACCAUUCGUCUCCAUGUUGUUACCGAACUUCCUCCUCCCAGAGAUUCCACCAUCGCAGUGGCGAUCGGGGCGUCAGUGGGCGGAGCUUUAGCGCUACUGAUCCUCUCCAUGGUGGUAGUGAAAUGUCUCCGUCGACACCGGAAGCAGGAACUGAUUUCAGAGGAGAAGAUGGAGGAGGAGGGAAAGCUGGAUGCUGAAGGUGUUGCGGAGGAGGGAACUAAACAACCAUAGCGGGUCCUCUGAUUGGAUCCCUCACCCCAACACCCCUCAGACAUCUCCCCGAAGAUCUAUAGUUACCACAGCUCAAAUCAUCUUCCAACGACACUUCCAUCCCUUCUGCGUGUGUGUGUGUGUGUGUGUGUAUGUAUGUAUGUAUGUAUGUGUGUGUGUGUGUGUGUGUGUGUGUGUGUGUGUGUGUGUGUGUGUGUAUGUAUGUGUGUGGCCGCUUGAGACAGUGCACAAGUGUGCAUCUUUGUGUAUGUGUUUACUGAAUGUGUCUUUGUGUGCGUGCUUAUUUAUAUACGUCUGUGUGAGAUGUUUUUCGUUUUUUUGUGGAAAUUAAGACAGGGAACACUUAUUACAACCUAAACACUUAUAACGCUAUCCAUAGCCGCGAGUCAAUAUAAGUGGCAUUGGAAGUGUAUUUGAUCAUAGGGAAUGGCCUUUUUAUCGUACACUAGGCCAGGGCUGGGCAGUAUGACCUGAAAAUAAAUUGUUUUAAUAUUAACAAUAUCACAUUUAAAUCUAGCUGUAAAAGAAAAAAAUGUGUGUUUGGGAUCAAUGAAAGUGAAUGAUUGUUGACUACAUGACAACAUUUUUGAAGAUCCAAAACAUAUCAAACAAAAUUUAAAGUGAAAAACUCACAUCGCACCCACAGUCACAAAAUCUAUGUUGGUUACAGUUAACAAGUAACCAAAACCACCCAUAGCACACACAGAAGAGUUUACUGCCAUACACAGAAAGUACUACAGGAAAUACUACCAAAUGAUCCAAGUUUAAAUAUAAAAUGUUUACGUUCAUGACUAACUAGGAGCUUACAGUGUGCUGUACUGCCAUGCAUAUCUAUAAGAAAACUAUAAUAAGAAAGUAAGAAACUUAAUGAUAGUGUGUUAAAGGGGACCUAUCAUGCAAAAUGCACUUUUG